GAGCCCCGUUUGGGGAUGGGUGACGCUGCCGGGGGGGGGGGAGCGGGGCCGGAGCGGGGCCGGAACGGGGCCGGAUCCCGGGCGCACCGGGCACGGAGUCGGAGCCGGGCACCCCCCGCUGCAGCCGCCCGGCAGAGCCCCCCCUCGCCCGGGGACCCCCGGCGCCCCCAGCCCCGGUUCCGGUGCUGCUCCCCGCUGCCGGUGCCGGCCCCCAGCCCAGCCCCUUCCGCCGCCGCCAUCGGGCCCCGCCCGGCCAUGCUGCGGGUGAGCCCGGGCCGUGCCCGGGGCUCGGGGCUGCCGCGCCCGGGGGGGCCCCCCGAGGUGACAUUCGAGGAGGUGGCCGUGCACUUCUCCCCCGCCGAGUGGGCGGCGCUAGCGCCCUGGCAGCGGGCGCUGCACCGGGAGGUCAUGUGCGACAACUACGGCCUGGUGGCCAGCCUGGACCCCGGCUCCAGGUUCAGCCACAUGCAGGAGGAGUCACGCAGGGGGGGUCCCUGCGCUGGGGGGCACAGCGGAGCUCCGGACAGCACCGACAGCACAGGUGCCUCGAGCGAUUCUGACAGCAGGGAUGACACCGAGGGACACUGGGAAUCGGGGCCCCGUGUCCCCCGCUCCGGCUGCCGUGGCACCGAGCCGGGGGCCUGUCCCAGGCGGGUUCCGGCGCCGUCGGGGCCGCUCCUCCGCGGGCUGAGCCGCGGGACCGAGCCCGAGCCGCGGGCGCCCCCGGGCCGGCCGUACCUGUGCGGCACCUGCGGCAAAUCCUUCCGGCACCGCCGCAGCCUCCUGGCGCACAAGAAGCUGCGGGGAGGGGCCCGGGCCCGGCACGGCUGCGCCGAGUGCGGCGGCACCUUCUGCCUGCGCGGGGACCUGCUGCGGCACCGCGACACGCACCGGGCGCCGGCCCCGGGCCACCGGCGCCGCCCGGGCGCGGCGGGGCCGGACGAGGAGCGCCCGUUCGAGUGCGGGCGCUGCGGGCGCAACUUCAGCUGGAAGGAGAGCCUGGAGCUGCACCUGCGGGGGCACCGCGCCGCCGAGCGCGCCCACCCGUGCCCCGAGUGCGGCCGCGUGUUCCCGCACCGCGGGCACCUCUGGCUGCACCGCCAGGCGCACUCCCGGCAGCGCCCCUUCCCCUGCGCCCGCUGCGGCCGCGCCUUCGCCUCCCGCGCCAACCUCAGCGCGCACCGCAGGCACUGCCGGCCCCGCGGCCAGGGCCCCCGCGGGGACAGGGACAGGGACCCGCCUGGGGACAGCGACCCCCGCGGGGACAGGGACAGGGACCCGCCUGGGGACAGGGACCCGCCUGGGGACAGCGACCCCCGCGGGGACAGGGACAGGGACCUGCCUGGGGACAGGGACCCCCGCGGGGACAGGGACAGGGACCCGCCUGGAGACAGCGACCCCCGUGGGGACAGGGACAGGGACCUGCCUGGGGACAGGGACCCGCCUGGGGACAGGGACUCCCGCGGGGACAGGGACAGGGACCUGCCUGGGGACAGCGACCCCAGCGGGGACAGGGACUCCCGCGGGGACAGGGACAGGGACCUGCCUGGGGACAGGGACCCGCCUGGGGACAGGGACCCCCGCGGGGACAGGGACAGGGACCCACCUGGGGACAGGGACCCACCUGGGGACAGGGACCCGCCUGGGGACAGGGACCCGCCUGGGGACAGGGAUGGGGACCCCCGUGGGGAAGGGGACUUGCUCAGGGAUAGGGGUAAGGAUAGGGAUCAGGACAAGAACAGGGACCCCUCUGGGGAUGGGGACUCGCUCAGGGAUAGGGACAGGGACCCCUGUGGGGACAGGGACUCGCUCAGGGACAAGAAUAGGGAACCGUGUGGGGACAGGGAUUUGCUCAGGGAUAGGGACAGGGAUAAGGACAGGGACAGGGACCCCUGUGAGGAUGGGGACUCACUCAGGGACAGGGCCCUGCUCAAGGGCAGGCACCCCCGCAGGGAUGGGGACAUGCCUGGGGACAGGGACCCCCUCGGGCCCAGGGACCUGCUCGGGGCCGGGGAGCCCCUCGAGGACAGGCUCCUCCCGGCGGGUGAGCAGCAGUAGCCGCGGGGCCGCCCCGGUGCUCCGCUGGAUGUGACCUCGCCGGUGCCGCCGCCACCCCGGGGCACCCCCAAGCCACGAGCCCCUGGAGGCUUCUGGAGCCCAGGGACUUCUCCGUGUCCCUCUAGACCUUGGGAAGUCCCCCUGGGAUGUGUCUCUGUGUUCCCUUUGGAUCCUCAAGGCUCUGGGAUGUUUCCUCAUGUCCCCCGGGACUCUGGAAAAUCCCUCUGGGACGUUUCUCCGCGUUUCCUUCACACCUGAGGAAAUCCCCCAGGGAUGCUGCUCCGUGGCCCUGUGACCUUGAAGUAUCUUCGGACCUUGGAAAAUCCCUCUGGGAUGUUUCUCCGUGUUCUCUUCAGACACUGAAGUGCCUUUGGAUCCUGGAAUGUCCCUCCAGGGCCUUUUUUCAGUCCCUGCCAGUCCCACCACUGCCCUGCCCCGUGUUCGUAUUUAAAACCAGAAGUUUCUUCGAGUCUAUUUAUUUUAAAUUUUUGUAUAUAACUUAAUUUUUUUUUAUAUAUUCUUUCUGGUUUAUUUUAUUCUAUUUAAGUUAUUCUAGUUGUUCUCUUCUGCUUACUCCAGUUCUACUCCGUUCUGUUCUUCCUAUUCCAUUUAAUUCUAUUUAUUUCUAUUCUAUUUGUUCUCUUUAGUUAGGAGGAAGGGCAGGGAGGGAGGAAGAGGAAGGGAGGGAGGGAGAGAGGAAGGAGACUCUUCUGGGCUGUUUGUCAUGGCAGAACCGUGACAGGGCUCUUGUGACAGCAGGAGCCAUCACGUGUCCCCACAGUGUCCCCUCCCCCAAAUAAACAAACGCCAAAAAUCCGA